AUGUCCAGCAAAAGAUGUGCUCUCAAGAUGCACUAUGGCAUCGUCUACAUUCACAGCAUUCAGGAUAUCUCCCACAUUUUCAAGGGGUGGAAAGCAGCCCGAAGUUCAUACUUAUAUUGCCAGGAAUUCAGGGUACGACGCAGUAUGAAGAUUUUCGAUCUCGACGAAGACAUUCUCUCUAUGGUCGUCUCCUAUCUCUCCAUUAGUGAAGCACGGGAACUGUCAGCUACUGCCCGCGGAUUUCACGCACUUGCGAGACAGCGCGCUCUGUCAGAAUUGGUGCUCGCGUCUCCGACAGACCUCACAAAGGCGCACGCCUUCAUGCUCCUCGACAUCCCUAAUCGCUUGCGUUGGCUCCGAGAUCUGCGCGUCGACAUCGAUGAGCGAUUUAUCUUGCAUCAUACCAAUCACCUGGCCGACCUCCUUGAAAAUGCACACGCGCUGCAGAAUAUCCAUGUCACAUCUUCGGAGACAUGGGUGUGGUCAGAGCCUCGUAUUGGCGAUGCCUUGCUGCACCUGGAGAAUCUACGGCGGAUCGGAUUCUCUCAGGUCGGACAGCGAGUCUUGAAGGUAGUGAGCAGCAUGCGCAGCUGCCCGGUGCAAGUCGACCUCCACGGUCCAUCAGGCUGGUACAGGUCACCUGUCAUGCCCACCAAGGACAGCCAGCCCGCCGACUUCGCCAGUCUCAUGCGAAGCAUUAUGCCACACCAGCGUAUAAAUUCCCUCGAUCUCAGCUUGUCCCAUCUUCCUCUGGUCGUACGUCUCUUGGAUGCAGCGCUCCAGUGGUCGACUGUUGUCCAUUUGACUAUCUCUGUGUCAUUCAAGAAUGCCCCGUUCCCCGACGAGCUGGUGCGGUGCUUCCCCAACCUCCGCACUCUACGCGUCCACGGUCCAGAGAUCGCGAUUUCCAGCCCUGGGCAGCGGCAGCACUUCUGGCCGAAGUUGGACUAUGUGCACGGAUCACCCAUAGCUAUCGGGUACUGGAAUACCUCUUGUCCUGUCUACCAUCUAAGCCUGUAUACGCACUUUGCGGUUCCGGCUCCGUGUAGCAGGCCUCAUCUUGCCGCCAUACGAGACUCGCGCGCACAUGACGCAGUAGAAGGGACUAUCUCAGUCAUACAGCAGGUCUCUCCGGUUGUGCUCACGCUCAACUCCUCGCUCGCGUGCGACUUCAUGGGUCUUGAUGAUCACCACUGGACAACUAUGCUUCAAAGUGCGCCGCGACUGCGCUUGUUGGACAUUGACCUCCGGCGUUUGUCAGGGGAACAAUUCCUCCGAUGGAAGGAACGAGUCCCGGCAGUUCUUGCGUGCUCGGGAGUAGUAUGCCUCUUGUUGGGGAUCCACCCAUACUCCGUAGACGACAGCCACGCGAUCCCCCAGCAACUUGCGGAGGCGGUUCCUUCUUUAUCUUACAUCGCGAUCGCUUGUACUUCCUACCCACUGGUGAGUGAUGCGGAGUCUUACGGGAUGUUCUGCGAAGACUCCUCGUGGGGAUGGUGGAGGAUAAUAGAGACGGAGAGUUGGCGGGAAGCGCAGGCAUUAAGUCCCGAGCACGGUGCACAGCUCGCGACCCGUUUUUACUCUCCUAGCUACCAUCUCGAAGAGCGCCAGGUGGAUGGUCAGUGA